UUUUCAUGUUAUUAUCAGAGUCUUGCCCAUAAGGCUAUGUAAGCAGGGUGUGUUCACAAGGGUUUUCAAAGAACUACUAGAGACACACAGCCAGACACCAAGAGUUAUCCAAGCUGUUAAGCCAAGACUGUAGAAAAUGCUGAUGAAUGGAAUCACUCCUCUAUGGCUGCUGCUGUUCCUCCAUGUCCCUGGACAAGACUCUGCAACAUGGAAUCUAUUCAGUAAAUUCUCAACAGAGCCCCCCCAGGAGGGCAAGUUGAGGCUGGUGGGGGGUAAACUGGAGUCAGAGGGUCGAGUGGAGGUGUACCAUGAGGGAAAAUGGGGGACUGUCUGUGAUGACGGCUGGGACCUGGCCGAGGCUCAGGUGGUGUGUCGUCAGCUGAAGUUCCCUGGUGCCAUAUCUGCUGUCACUGGAGGGACAUAUGGAGAGGGAUCAGGAUCAAUCUGGCUGGAUGACUUGGACUGCAAAGGAACUGAGAGGUCCUUGCCUGACUGUUUUUUCAAAGGCUGGGGAUUGACAGACUGUUCCCACAGAGAGGAUGCAGGGGUGGUUUGUGGGACAGGCACAGAUGUGACCAGUAACACAGUUCAUAACCUGGACCACAGUCUAGGCCUGUCAGAUGACCUGGGUGAGCUGUUUGACCGCGGAGACAACUGUGACUUCCACAUCGUUGUCCGCAGCCCCACAGGGAACAGAGACGGGGAGGGAAAUUUGGAGGUGGAGGAAAGGAACAUCUGCACCCACAAACUGAUCCUUUCUCUGUACCCAAAUGUCAACAUCACCAAUGGGUCCAAUAGCCUCUCCAUAGAGGUUAGCCAAGCCUGUAAUGCCCAUGUCACCAACUUUAUCAGGUACCUUUACACCCGCAAGAUCGAUGUGACCGUCUCCUCUGCCCAGUGCCUCCACAAGUUGGCCUCUGAGUUUGGGGUGAAGCGGCUGAUGCAGGACACCGGCAGGCUCUUCACUGUGCUCCUCCCAGAGGACCCCACCUUCCACACCCAGAUCUCUCUUUACAACUACGCUCUCCAGACCAGGGACCUGCAGCUCCAGGAGAACUGUCUCCAGUUCCUUGCCUGGAACGUAGAGGCUCUGAUCAAAUCCCCAGCCUGGAGUGAGGUCUCAAUAGACUUCCUGACAGCCCUUUUGCAGCGCUCCGACCUUGUGGUAACAAGUGAGGAGUUCCUCCUGCAAGCGCUGGAGAACUGGAUCACUGAGAAAGGCGACACAAUCAGCAACAAGAACCAGGCAGCCGUCUUAGGCCAAAUCCGUUUCCCAAUGAUCCCCGCUGAGAAGCUUUACAACUUGCAGUUUACGUCGAUGCUUUACAAGAACCAUGAGGAGCUCUAUCGUGUGAGCAUUCUCAGAGGCUUCCAAUUCAACACUGUACCCUUUGACAUCCUAAAGAAGCACAAAGGCAGAACGGAUGAAGAAGUGCAUGAUUACUAUCCCAGGAUUUACACUGCCGAGCCAUGGAGCAUCACCAUUAAUUCAACCAACAAAGAGCCUACACCUACACGCCAAGAUUUUCGAUACCAAUACAUGGCAUCCAGAGGAUAUCCAUAUUAUUACCAAACUCAAGCACCUCGCUAUAGCAGGAGCAAGUCAUUCACCACCCCAAAUCACAAUAGUGUGAUAUUCCAGACCAAAGACACCAACCCAAUCACAUGGUCAGCCAACAUAUUUAUGAACCAACAAGAAUGUUACUCAUGUACUUCCUUUCCCACUGCCAGUCUCUCUCUCCAAAGUCGCCUCCUCCUAAAUCAGACCAACAUUGUUCGCUACAGCAACCGACUGCUCUUAACAUGUGAUGGCAAGUUCUUGUCUCAUGUCUUAGAUUUCAAGAACAACAUGGCCCAGGUCCCUACUAACAGCAGUGUGUCCCAGACAUACCCUUGUCCUGAAGGCCAGUAUGGAUUUACCUUUGUGGUGAGACCAGAGUAUAUCGAAUACAAGAUGCCAAUGCGUGGAAUCAAUUCUCUAUGGCUGCUGUUGCUUCUCCAUGCCCCUGGACUGGACUCUACAACAUGGAAUCUAUUCAGUAAAUUCUCAACAGAGCCCCCCCAGGAGGGCAAGUUGAGGCUGGUGGGGGGUAACCAGGAGUCAGAGGGUCGAGUGGAGGUGUACCAUGAGGGAAAAUGGGGGACCAUCUGUGAUGACGGCUGGGACCUGGCCGAGGCUCAGGUGGUGUGUCGUCAGCUGAAGUUCCCUGGUGCCAUAUCUGCUGUCACUGGAGGGACGUAUGGAGAGGGAUCAGGAUCAAUCUGGCUGGAUGACUUGGACUGCAAAGGAACUGAGAAGUCCUUGACUGACUGUUCUUUCAAAGGCUGGGGAUUGACAGACUGUUCCCACAGAGAGGAUGCAGGGGUGGUUUGUGGGACAGGCACAGAUGUGACCAGUAACACAGUUCAUAACCUGGACCACAGUCUAGGCCUGUCAGAUGACCUGGGUGAGCUGUUUGACCGCGGAGACAACUGUGACUUCCACAUCAUUGUCCGCAGCCCCACAGGGAACAGAGACGGGGAGGGAAAUUUGGAGGUGGAGGAAAGGAACAUCUGCACCCACAAACUGAUCCUUUCUCUGUACCCAAAUGUCAACAUCACCAAUGGGUCCAAUAGCCUCUCCAUAGAGGUUAGCCAAGCCUGUAAUGCCCAUGUCACCAACUUUAUCAGGUACCUUUACACCCGCAAGAUCGAUGUGACCGUCUCCUCUGCCCAGUGCCUCCACAAGUUGGCCUCUGAGUUUGGGGUGAAGCGGCUGAUGCAGGACACCGGCAGGCUCUUCACUGUGCUCCUCCCAGAGGACCCCACCUUCCACACCCAGAUCUCUCUUUACAACUACUCUCUCCAGACCAGGGACCUGCAGCUCCAGGAGAACUGUCUCCAGUUCCUUGCCUGGAACGUAGAGGCUCUGAUCAAAUCCCCAGCCUGGAGUGAGGUCUCAAUAGACUUUCUGACGGACUUUUUGCAGCGUUCUGACCUCGUUGUACCAGAUGAGGGAUUCCUCCUGCAAGCGCUGGAGCAUUGGAUUACUGAGAAAAUGCAAUCUACUGACAACAAGAGCCAGGCAGCCCUGUUAACUCUUAUCCGCUUCCCAAUGAUCCCCGCUGAGAAACUGUAUGACCUGCAAUUCACAUCAGUGCUCUACAAGAAAUACAAGAAGCUCUAUCAUGGCAGCAUUCUCAGAGGCUUCCAAUUCAACACAGUGCCCUUUGACAUCCUAAAGAAGCACAAAGGCAGAACGGAUGAAGAAGUGCAUGAUUACUAUCCCAGGAUUUACACUGCCGAGCCAUGGAGCAUCACCAUUAAUUCAACCAACAAAGAGCCUACACCUACACGCCAAGAUUUUCGAUACCAAUACAUGGCAUCCAGAGGAUAUCCAUAUUAUUACCAAACUCAAGCACCUCGCUAUAGCAGGAGCAAGUCAUUCACCACCCCAAAUCACAAUAGUGUGAUAUUCCAGACCAAAGACACCAACCCAAUCACAUGGUCAGCCAACAUAUUUAUGAACCAACAAGAAUGUUACUCAUGUACUUCCUUUCCCACUGCCAGUCUCUCUCUCCAAAGUCGCCUCCUCCCAAAUCAGACCAACAUUGUUCGCUACAGCAACCGACUGCUCCUAACAUGUGAUGGCAAGUUCUUGUCUCAUGUCUUAGAUUUCAAGAACAACAUGGCCCAGGUCCCUACUAACAGCAGUGUGUCCCUGACAUACCCUUGUCCUGAAGGCCAGUAUGGAUUUACCUUUGUGGUGAGACCAGAGUAUAUCGAAUAUCUAGGCCUGUCAGAUGACCUGGGUGAGCUGUUUGACCGCGGAGACAACUGUGACUUCCACAUCGUUGUCCGCAGCCCCACAGGGAACAGAGACGGGGAGGGAAAGUUGGAGGUGGAGGAUAUAGCAGGAGAAAAUUUCAAGAACAACAUGGCCCAGGUCCCUACUAACAGCAGUGUGUCCCUGACCUACCCUUGUCCUAAAGGCCAGGUGAAAAUGCUGAUGCGUGGAAUAACUUCUCUAUGGCUGCUGUUGCUUCUCCAUGCCCCUGGACUGGACUCUACAACAUGGAAUCUAUUCAGUAAGUCCUCAACAGAGCCGCCACAGGAGGGCAAGGUGAGGCUGGUGGGGGGUAACCAGGAGUCAGAGGGUCGAGUGGAGGUGUACCAUGAGGGAAAAUGGGGGACCAUCUGUGAUGACGGCUGGGACCUGGCCGAGGCUCAGGUGGUGUGUCGUCAGCUGAAGUUCCCUGGUGCCAUAUCUGCUGUCACUGGAGGGACGUAUGGAGAGGGAUCGGGAUCAAUCUGGUUGGAUGACAUGGACUGCAAAGGAACUGAGAAGUCCCUGUCCAGCUGUUCUUUCAAAGGCUGGGCUUUGACAGACUGUUCCCACAAAGAGGAUGCAGGGGUUGUUUGUAAGAGAGGCACUAAUGUGACCGAUGACUCGGUUCAUAACCUGGACCACCGUCUAGGAAUGUCAGAUGACCUGGGUGAGCUGUUUGACCGCGGAGACAACUGUGACUUCCACAUCGUUGUCCGCAGCCCCACAGGGAAAAGAGACGGGGAGGGAAAGUUGGAGGUGGAGGAAAGGAACAUCUGCACCCACAAAAUGAUCCUCUCUCUCUAUACACGCUACAACACUACAAAUGGCUCCAAUAACUUCUCCAUAGAUGUAGGCCAAGAGUGUACCCCCCAUAUCACCAGCUUUUUCAGGUACCUUUACACCCGCAAGAUCGAUGUGACCGUCUCCUCUGCCCAGUGCCUCCACAAGUUGGCCUCUGAGUUUGGGGUGAAGCGGCUGAUGCAGGACACCGGCAGGCUCUUCACUGUGCUCCUCCCAGAGGACCCCACCUUCCACACCCAGAUCUCUCUUUACAACUACGCUCUCCAGACCAGGGACCUGCAGCUCCAGGAGAACUGUCUCCAGUACCUUGCCUGGAACGCAGAGGCUCUGAUCAAAUCCCCAGCCUGGAGUGAGGUCUCAAUAGACUUUCUGACGGACUUUUUGCAGCGUUCUGACCUCGUUGUACCAGAUGAGGGAUUCCUCCUGCAAGCGCUGGAGCAUUGGAUGACUGAGAAAAUUAAAUCUACUGACAACAACAGCCAGGCAGCCCUGUUACGCCACAUUCGCUUCCCAAUGAUCCCAACUGAGAAGCUCUAUGACCUGCAGUUCAACUCUGAACUCUUCAAAAGCCACGAGGAGCUCUAUCGUGGCAGCAUUCUCAGGGGCUUCCAAUUCAACACUGUACCCUUUGACAUCCUGAAGAAGCACAAAGGCAGUAAGGAUGAAGAGCAUGAUUACCAACCCAGGAUCUACACUGCUGAGCCCUGGAGCGUUACCAUAAAUUCAACCUACAAAGCAACAACCGGACAAAAAAUUAUUGAAGACUUUGAAAAACGUUUAGUUGAAUUCAACCAAAACCAACAGGCUCAGUACUCUAGGGGUUAUAGAUAUUCCUCCAACCCUCCACCUCCCCCAUUUGGCAGCUAUGGCAGCAGGUCCAAGUCUGUGAUCACACAAAAUCACAAUAGUGUGAUAUUCCGGACCAAAGGCACCAACCCAAUCACAUGGUCAGCAGGUGUCUACAUGUGCAAACAAGAAUGUUCCAGUUGUAAUUCCUUUCCCACCGCUAGCUUCUCUCUCAGAAGCAGUAUCAGUCAAGAUCAGACAAAAAGUGUUCGCUACAGCAACCGACUACUCCUAACAUGCAACGGUAAGUAUGUCUUUCACGUCCAGGACUUCAAGAACCACAUGGCUCAGGUCCCUACUAACAGCAGUGUGUCCCAGACCUACCCUUGUCCAGAAGGCCAGUAUGGAUUUACCUUUGUGGUGAGACCAGAGUACAUUGGAUAACACUAUUAGGCACAGAUGCCAAAAUGCUUUAAACACACUUAACACUCAAACUAAUAAUGCUGCACCUUUGUAUUUUUGUAAAAUGUGCCAAUAAACUUUUGCUUAAAGCAUA